AUGAUUGCGGAGAUCUUCAGCCCAAUACAGUUGUGCGUGAGGUCAAUGUGUUGACAAUCAUUCAAGCCUUCCUCGGUUUGCAAAAUGCAAAGUGACAGUUCUUAAAGCUGACAAAAACGCGUCUAUGAAGCCUAUAUGUAACCUAUUCUUAAGUUUUCACUAUUUUGGAUAGAAGAUCACUGAGUAGUUUGAAACACUAGGCUACCACAUUAGACCAAUACAUUAAUAGGUUUAUAAUACACACGAGAUCAAUAUAUAUUUAGCUGUUACAGCGUGACAUGAAACAAACCUCCCAUCUCUAUUUUUAUAUUUUUAUUCUUUAAUGUAGGUCAGAUCCUCAACCUCUAAUUGCAGCAAUAAUUGAUGAACUUGGAAGAGCCUCAGCCAAGGUAUGUGUGUGUGUGUGUGUGUGUGUGUGUGUGUGUGUGUGUGUGUGUGUGUGUGUGUGUGUGUGUGCGCUAUAGCAUAUUUGUGUUGCCGUAGUUUCAUUCACUGCAUUGUCUUUCCCCAGGCCCAAUACUUGACAGCCCCAAUCACAAGUGCAUCAAAGCUGCAGACCAACAAGCACCAUCUCUACCUGCUGAAGGAUGGAGAAAGCAAUGGGUACCGCUACCUCCUCACUCACUCAUCAUCACAGAUCAUGCACCCUCAGCUCCCUGUUUAUAGCCUCUUCUGGAACAUAGAAAUAGGAUUACUAGAAAAGCCUCCUAACUCCUCACUCAUCAUCACAGAACAUGCACCCUCAGCUCCCUGUUUAUAGCCUCUUCUGGAACAUAGAAAUAGGAUUACUAGAAAAGCCUCCUAACUCCUCACUCAUCAUCACAGAACAUGCACCCUCAGCUCCCUGUUUAUAGCCUCUUCUGGAACAUAGAAAUAGUAUUACUAGAAUGGGGAAAGCCUCCUAACUCCUCACUCCCCAUCACAGAUUAGAUUAGAACAUGUAAUGCUCUACUAUUGAGUACGUGUUGUCCAGCAUCAGACAGAAUGAGACAACAGAACAUCUGUUUCAAACCUCUCUUUGGAAGUCCUUCAAGUAUUAACGUUUGUUCAUCAUCAUACAGUAGCAAAAGCUUUUCAAGGCCACCUACUGUCACAUAAUUAUUUAUUUAUUUAGUUAGUUAUUUAGUUAUUUCUUUCUUUCUUGUUGCUGUAAUGAGUUGUGAGGUCACAAAGGGGGUGCAGGGUUAGUGGAUUUACAAGCUAAGAAACGGUGUGGUGCUGAAACCAACACUACUAGUUCUGCUUUCUCUCAGUGGAAUUCACUCAAAUGGAAAACUAGGUUAAUCAUUUUGUGAUUUCAACCCUCUUGCUUCCAAUGUAGCAGCUUGACACUCUCUCUGUCUCUCACACACUCUCACACACACUCUCUCUCUCUCUCUCUCUCUCUCUCUCUCUCUCUCUCGCUCUCUCUCUCUCUCACACACACAGAGGAAGGGGACUUGCGGUGGGGUUUCUGAAGGUCGGCUAUAAGAAGUUAUUUCUGCUUGUGAGUCCCACUUUCUUUCAUUGUGUUUUCCCACAAUGUAUUUGAUGCAACAUAUGCAAAAGUUUGUUCCUAUUAAUGCAAAAGUGUGUUCCCUGUUUGCAACAUUUCAGUAGUAAAGGGAGGUUUCAGCUCAUUCAAAUGUAGGGUUGUGACAGUCAUGGAAUUUUGGAUGACGGUAAUUGUCCAGCCAAAUGGCCGUGUUCACCAUAAUAAACAUUAUUGCAAAAAAAAUGUAAAGCACAUUUUCUCCUCUCCUGACUUAAUGUGCUGCCAUAUACACUGAACAAAAAUAUAAACGCAACAUGUAAAGUGUUUGGUCCCAUGUUACAUGAGCUGAACUAACAUAUCCAAGAAAGCUUAUUUCUCUCAAAUUUGGUGCUGAGGAGUAUUUCUGUCUGUAAUAAAGCCGUUUUGUGGGGGGAAACUAAUUCUGAUUGGCUGGGCCUGGCUCCCCAGUGGGUGGGCCUAUGUCUGCACCCCUGCCCAAUCAUGUGAAAUCCAUAGAUUAGGGCCUCAUAAAUGUAUUUCAAUUGACUGAUUUCCUUAUAUGUACUGUAACUCAGUAAAACCUUUGAAAUUGUUGCAUGUUGCGUUUAUAUUUUUGUUCAGUAUAAAUAGAAUGAAUAGAAUGGGUGUCCCCAUUCAAGUCAAUGAUAGCAUAAUGGGUGAACUUGCGGCCAUUGCGAGCGUACCCAUAGGAGUAAAGCAGAAAAUAAACUCAAUUGUAGUGAAUUUCAGCUAACUACUAAGAUAACGCAUAGCAUUACUGCUUAACUGUCAUUCUAUUCAUUUAGACAUUUUUAAAAACGGAUUUCCCGACCGCUGGUCACGUUUUUCAAUGCUAAUCCUGUAGAAUCCAGCAACGGCACUGGUGCCAUGAAUUUGUUUUAUUUUCGAACGCUUCCGCAUGGAAUUAUUACAUUGUUUUAACCUUCACGUCUUCAACCUAGCCAUAGAUGCGUUAAAGAGGUCAAUGGAACUCAACCAAAACAAUGGAAAUGCUAUGGAAACGAUUCUGAAUCUCCUCAUUGCCCCCCAGCAAAAUUAGCCAACAUAUAGGCUAUUGUUUAUACAGUAUGUGUAUUUCACACUAUGUUGAGGUAAAAAUCUGAGUAUAAUGCUUGUAUAGACGUCAACCCUAAUACAUGUUCAUGUCACCAUCAUCAAUCAACUGCAUUACAGAUAAAAACGACUUUGACUACCACCACUGAUUUCUGUAUGCUAGCUAUGCUACCAGCUUAUACGAACAGGAGGUAGCAUUUAGCAGUCAGUUCUUCUAAACCUGAAAAGGGACAACUUCUAAAUGUUAUGCAGCGAAAACAGCCCACUAUAUUAAAAUAGGACUUUAGUGACCACAUUAUGGGCCUGUUACAAUACAUCAAUCAUGACGGAUUUGACGAAUCUCCACUUUGUUAGAUCAGAUUUGUUGAAUGCCAAUCCGUCGUCUUUCUUCUGUCCCCAACGGUCUGCGUUCCGUUGACCUCUCUACCAAUUUGAGUUUGCCAGUCAAAUUGCCAGGGAUAGAGGUUCCAAGCAUGUUCUAUUCAUUCUAUUUCUAUGUGUUGCUGUUACAUUGUGAUCAUUCAGUCAGCUGUUUGACAAAAAAAAAACUACAAAACAAAUAUUUAUUUAUGGUCUUCAUCCAUAACUGUCGGUUACAUGGUUAUACGGGAAUUGUGCCAGCCCUAUUCAAAUGUACUAGUUUCCCUCACUAUGAUGUUUUUGAUUACUCGUAAUUGCCCCUGAGGGGAUUAAUCAAGUUGAAUUAAAUUCAAUUGAGAAUUGACUUGAAUUGUGAAUUGAAUGUAUUGUAAUGUCUCCAUAGGACCAGCGAGGGGCGCAUGUCGAGACAGAGCCUCUGUGUGUCUUGGAUUUCUUUGUGACAGAGAACCUUCAGAGGCACGGCUAUGGACUGGAGCUGUUUAGCUUCAUGCUGCAGGUGAGACAGACACCAGUGCCUUUACCUGGGACGGAUGCAGGGUUUUGUAUUUGUAUUUAUUAUGGAUCCCCAUUAGCUGCUGCCAAGGCAGCAGCUACUCGUCCUGGGGUCCAGCAAAAUGAAGGCAGUUAUACAUUUUAAAAACAUUAAAAUACAUUCAUAACAGAUUUCACAACAUAUUUAGUGUUUACCUGGGACGGAUGCAGGGUUGGGGUUUACCUGGGACGGAUGCAGGGUUGGGGUUUACCUGGGACGGAUGCAGGGUUGGGGUUUACCUGGGACGGAUGCAGGGUUGGGGUUUACCUGGGACGGAUGCAGGGUUGGGGUUUACCUGGGACGUAUGCAGGGUUGGGGUUUACCUGGGACGGAUGCAGGGUUGGGGUUUACCUGGGACGGCUGCAAGGUUGGGGUUUACCUGGGACGGAUGUAGGGUUGGGGUCAAUUUGAAUUUAAGUUAGUCAGUUCAAGAAGUAAACUGAAAUUCCUAUUCAAUAAUUGAAAAUAUUUCAUUUAUUAGUCAAGAUUUCUCUACAAAACUGAAAAGGAGAUAUUUAUACUGAACAUAAAUAUAAAUGCAACAUGCAACAAUUUCAAAGAUUUUACUGAGUUACAGUUACAGUUGUGGUCCUCUGUAGCUCAAUUGGUAGAUCACGGCGCUUGUAACGCCAGGGUAGUGGGUUCGAUCCCCGGGACGACCCAUACGUAAAAAUGUAUGCACACAUGACUGUAAGUCGCUUUGGAUAAAAGUAUCUGCUAAAUGGCAUAUUAUUAUUAUUAUUAUAUAAAAAAUCAGUCAAUUGAAAUAAAUAAAUUAAGCCCUAAUCUAGGGACUUCACGUGACUGGGAUUACAGCUACAGUGGGGAAAAAAAGUAUUUAGUCAGCCACCAAUUGUGCAAGUUCUCCCACUUAAAAAGAUGAGAGAGGCCUGUAAUUUUCAUCAUAGGUACACGUCAACUAUGACAGACAAAUUGAGAGAAAAAAAUCCAGAAAAUCACAUUGUAGGAUUUUUAAUGAAUUUAUUUGCAAAUUAUGGUGGAAAAUAAGUAUUUGGUCACCUACAAACAAGCAAGAUUUCUGGCUCUCACAGACCUGUAACUUCUUCUUUAAGAGGCUCCUCUGUCCUCCACUCGUUACCUGUAUUGAAUGGCACCUGUUUGAACUUGUUAUCAGUAUAAAAGACACCUGUCCACAACCUCAAACAGUCACACUCCAAACUCCACUAUGGCCAAGACCAAAGAGCUGUCAAAGGACACCAGAAACAAAAUUGUAGACCUGCACCAGGCUGGGAAGACUGAAUCUGCAAUAGGUAAGCAGCUUGGUUUGAAGAAAUCAACUGUGGGAGCAAUUAUUAGGAAAUGGAAGACAUACAAGACCACUGAUAAUCUCCCUCGAUCUGGGGCUCCACGCAAGAUCUCACCCCGUGGGGUCAAAAUGAUCACAAGAACGGUGAGCAAAAAUCCCAGAACCACACGGGGGGACCUAGUGAAUGACCUGCAGAGAGCUGGGACCAAAGUAACAAAGCCUACCAUCAGUAACACACUACGCCGCCAGGGACUCAAAUCCUUCAGUGCCAGACGUGUCCCCCUGCUUAAGCCAGUACAUGUCCAGGCCCGUCUGAAGUUUGCUAGAGUGCAUUUGGAUGAUCCAGAAGAAGAUUGGGAGAAUGUCAGAUGAAACCAAAAUAUAACUUUUGGGUAAAAACUCAACUCGUCGUGUUUGGAGGACAAAGAAUGCUGAGUUGCAUCCAAAGAACACCAUACCUACUGUGAAGCAUGGGGGUGGAAACAUCAUGCUUUGGGGCUGUUUUUCUGCAAAGGGACCAGGACGACUGAUCCGUGUAAAGGAAAGAAUGAAUGGGGCCAUGUAUCGUGAGAUUUUGAGUGAAAACCUCCUUCCAUCAGCAAGGGCAUUGAAGAUGAAACGUGGCUGGGUCUUUCAGCAUGACAAUGAUCCCAAACACACCUCCCGGGCAACGAAGGAGUGACUUCGUAAGAAGCAUUUCAAGGUCCUGGAGUGGCCUAGCCAGUCUCCAGAUCUCAACCCCAUAGAAAAUCUUUGGAGGGAGUUGAAAGUCCGUGUUGCCCAGCGACAGCCCCAAAACAUCACUGCUCUAGAGGAGAUCUGCAUGGAGGAAUGGGCCAAAAUACCAGCAACAGUGUGUGAAAACCUUGUGAAGACUUACAGAAAACGUUUGACCUGUGUCAUUGCCAACAAAGGGUAUAUAACAAAGUAUUGAGAAACUUUUGUUAUUGACCAAAUACUUAUUUUCCACCAUAAUUUGCAAAUAAAUUCAUUAAAAAUUCCUACAAUGUGAUUUUCUGGAUUUUUUUUCUCAUUUUGUCUGUCAUAGUUGACGUGUACCUAUGAUGAAAAUUACAGGCCUCUCAUCUUUUUAAGUGGGAGAACUUGCACAAUUGGUGGCUGACUAAAUACUUUUUUUCCCCACUGUAUGUAUCUGUUGGUCACAGAUGGUAGGGGCGUGGAUCAGAAAACCAGUCAGUAUCUGGUGUGACCACCUUUUGCCUCAUACAGCGCGACACAUCUCCUUCGCAUAGAGUUGAUCAGGCUGUUGAUUGUGGCCUGUGGAAUGUUGUCCCACUCCUCUUCAAUGAAUGUGCGAAGUUGCUGUAUAUUGGCGGGAACUGGAACAUGCUGUCGUACACAUCGAUCCAGAGCAUCCCAAACAUGCUCAAUGGGUGACAUGUCUGGCGAGUAUGCAGGCCAUGGAAGAAUUGGGACAUUUUCAGCUUCCAGGAAUUGUGUACAGAUCCUUGCGACAUGGAGCCGUGCAUUAUCAUGCUGAAAUAUGAGGUGAUGGCGGUGGAUGAAUGGCACGACAAUCGGCCUCAGGAUCUCGUCAAGGUAUCUCUGUGUAUUCAUAUUGCCAUCGAUAUAAUGCAAUUGUGUUCAUUGUCCGUAACUUCUGCCUGCCUGCCCAUACCAUAACCUCACCACCACCAUUUUCAUUUUAGUCAUUUAGCAGACGCUCUUAUCCAGAGCGACUUACAGUUAGUUAGUGAAUACAUUUAUUUUUAUUUUUUUAUACUGGCCCCCCGUGGGAAACGAACCCACAACCCUGGCGUUGCAAACGCCAUGCUCUAUCAACUGAGCUACAUCCCUGCCGGCCAUUCCCUCCCCUACCCUGGACGACGCUGGGCCAAUUGUGCGGCGCCCAUGAGUCUCCCGGUCGCGGCCGGCCGCGACAGAGCCUGGAUUCGAACCAGGAUCUCUAGUGGCACAGUUAGCACUGCGAUGCAGUGCCUUAGACCACUGUGCCACUCGGGAGACACCAUGGGGCACUCUGUUCACAACGUUGACAUCAGCAAACUGCUCACCCACACAACGCCAUACACGUGGUCUGCGGUUGUGAGGCCGGUUGGACGUACUGCCAUUUUUCCAAAAAUGACUUAUGGUAGAGAAAUUUAAAUUAAAUUAUCUGGCAAAAGCUCUGGUUGACAUUCCUGCAGUCAGCAUGCCAAUUGCACGCUCCCUCAAAACUUGAGACAUCUGUUGCAUUGUGUGAACAAAUUGCACAUUUUAAAGUGACCUUUUAUUGUCCCCAGCACAAUGUGCACCUGUGUAAUGAUCAUGCUGUUUAAUCAGCUUCUUGAUAUGCCACACCUGUCAGGUGGAUGGAUUAUCUUGGCAAAGGAGAAAUGCUCACUAACAGGGAUGUAAAGAAAUGUGUGCACAUAAUUUGAGAGAAAUAAACCUUUUGUGCGUAUGGAACAUUUCUGGGAUCUUUUUAUUUCAGCUCAUGAAACAUGGGACCAACACUUUACAUGUUGCGUUCAUAUUUUUGUUCAGUGUAUUUUGAUACAUUUACAUUUUCUUCCCCGAAUCACUUCCUGAAUUGAGUGACUUCAAUUAGAAUUGACCCCAACCCUGGACAGAAGGAAUGACCACUAUAGCCUGGUCACAGCUGGGUUGUAUUCACUAGGAACCAAAGGGAAGCAAAUGGGACGAAACAGGAAUGGACCUACCUGAAUUUGUCCUAUAAGAAACUCUCCUUUUCAUUACAAAACUAAAAAUAUUUGCAAAAUGUUUUUGUUUACGGUUUGCACUAAAUGAAUACACCUCUGCUCUCACCAUUGUCGAGUAGAGCAUUCAGUCUGAAUUGACCAUGCUAUGAAAAGUAGAGCGUACAGACUGGAAUGUGGUGGUGGCUGAGGCAGAGUCGUUGGACUAGAAAUUACAUUGCUAGAGAUUAGAGUGUUGCCAAGAGCCUGUUCUUCAAAUGUCUGUUUGCUAGUUGAGACGUGUCGUAAUUUGCUAUGUUUUGCCUCGGAUCUCCCCCCCCCCCCCCCCCAUGUUCAGCACAAAAAUGUGGAGCCAGUGCUGAUGGCUUACGACAGGCCCUCCCCGAAGUUCCUCUCUUUCCUGGAGAAGCAUUACUGUCUGAAAAACAGUGUACCUCAGGUAUGAUAUGAGGGCGGUCUCUCCUGUGAUUGUGCCACCAGUGCUUUUGUAUUCCUCAACACUGUAUCGUCACUCUCUGGUAAAUGAUUAUACAGGCCUAACAGUACAACCUAAGAUAAUGAAAAUAGAUAUGAACAUUUCAUAAAUGGACUGUUUCAGACUGAGAUAAGACAUGCGGUGAAGGGGGUUAUGGGCUAAUUAUAGAAAAGACUAAAGAGAAUGGGCUGCCAUUUGGGACACCGCCUACAGGAUGAGUCACUUCCUGUUUGUGACUACACCACAGUGUGUCUUCCUCCUGACUGAGAUAACCUCCAAAGCCUUACUCAUCAGGCUGGGCCCUAGGGUUAAUGAUUCUGUUAAACAGACUAGCUCUCAUCAGGCUGGGCCCUAGGGUUAAUGAUUCUGUUAAACAGACUAGCUCUCAUCAGGCUGGGCCCUAGGGUUAAUGAUUCUGUUAAACAGACUAGCUCUCAUCAGGCUGGGCCCUAAGGUUAAUGAUUCUGUUAAACAGACUAGCUCUCAUCAGGCUGGGCCCUAGGGUUAAUGAUUCUGAUAAACAGACUAGCUCUCAUCAGGCUGGGCCCUAGGGUUAAUGAUUCUGUUAAACAGACUAGCUCUCAUCAGGCUGGGCCCUAGGGUUAAUGAUUCUGUUAAACAGACUAGCUCUCAUCAGGCUGGGCCCAAGGGUUAAUGAUUCUGAUAAACAGACUAGCUCUCAUCAGGCUGGGCCACUACGGUUAAUGAUUCUGUUAAACAGACUAGCUCUCAUCAGGCUGGGCCCAAGGGUUAAUGAUUCUGUUAAACAGACUAGCUCUCAUCAGGCUGGGCCCUAGGGUUAAUGAUUCUGUUAAACAGACUAGCUCUCAUCAGGCUGGGCCACUACGGUUAAUGAUUCUGUUAAACAGACUAGCUCUCAUCAGGCUGGGCCCUACGGUUAAUGAUUCUGUUAAACAGACUAGCUCUCAUCAGGUUGGGCCCUAGGGUUAAUGAUUCUGUUAAACAGACUAGCUCUCAUCAGGCUGGGCCCUACGGUUAAUGAUUCUGUUAAACUGACUAGCUCUCAUCAGGUUGGGCCACUACGGUUAAUGAUUCUGUUAAACAGACUAGCUCUCAUCAGGCUGGGCCCUAGGGUUAAUGAUUCUGUUAAACAGACUAGCUACAUGACCUGGAUAUAAUUUUGCUCCAUGGGCGCGGUCAUCUAUCAUCUACCUAGAGCGGAUUAUUAAUAUGUUUUUCAGUGUCACCUCCCCCCCUCCCCUCUCCCCUCCCUCCCUCCCUCCCUCCCCACACUUGUUUCUCUCUCCCUUCCCCUGUCCACUUGUCUCCCCUUCUCUCUCUAGGUCAAUAACUUUGUGGUGUUUGACGGUUUCUUCGCCAACAGAUCAGGUAAUAUUCCAUCUCUGUGCCUGGCUAUCUCUUCAUUAAUUCUGUGUUAUUUUGGAUGAGUAGUGUUGUGCAAACUGUCUGAGUCCCAAACGGCUCCCUUUUCUCUAUAUAGCUCACUACUGUUGAUCAGAGCCCUAUGGGUCCUGGUUAACAGUAGUGCACUAAAUAGGGAAAAGAGCACCAGUUGGGACACAGACAGUUGCGCAACACUACUCAUCCGAAAUAACACCACUACUCUGGUGCAGUCAGCGUUGGCUUCCUGCCUGUGGUGGUGUGGUGACUGGUAAUAGGGGCAGGGUUUGUGCUAGCACGGGUGUCCACACCCUCACAAGUGCUUGCUAGUGUUCACGCCUAAUGCAGACUGGGCUGUCUUUCUGUUGCCCUGCUAAAACAGACAUCCUAAUGUUUGCAGCUGGGGGUUUUAAAUAGCUAGAUGGCUAGAUGUUACGUCAUCCUGUCAAUGCAUGUAUUUGGCCUUAAACCACUCAAAGGUGUCGUACGAAACCCAAAUCUGUAGAGGCAUCUUUGUUUUGAUGUGAUAAAACUGUCUGUAGCAGAAAUGUUGUACACUGUGUUCUGUCUCCAGUAACAUGCCUGUGUGCACUCCAUAGUAUGAGAUAAGCUAAAGUGCUACUUUUCUGAAGUAAUAUAUUGUAAUUUUUUACAUUUUCGUUAAACGAACAAAAGUAGGCUACAAAAAAAAAUCCCAAUGACCCAUUUGCACCCUCCAUUAUAUUGGACAUUUUUCGAGAGUCACUAACCCUGGAAAGUGCUGUUCUGUGAAGUGCACUACAUUUGUUCUUAUUCCGUUUUUCCAAACGAUGCUUUUGUUUCACCAAACUUUCCCAGGCUCACCUCCUUCUCCUCUGCAGGAUCAGAGAAUGUACGGCUUGUUGUAAGGAACUCUAUCUUUAUUUUAUUUUAAUUUCUUCACUUUAUUUUCGUUUAGCUGCACUUAUAACUUUGUUGAUAAAUGUUAUAAUCUAAUAAUAUAAUAUAUAUAUAUAGAGAUUAUAAUAUAUAUAUUAUAUCGUAUAGAUAUAUAUAGUAUAUCUAGUUAUAUAUAUAUAUCUAUAUAUAGUAUAUAGUAAUUAUAUAUAUCUAUAUAUUAAUAAUAUAUAUAUAUAGAUAUAUAAGUAUAGUUAUAUGUAUUAUAUAUAUCUGUUUAUUAUAUAUAUAUUAUAGUUAUAUUGGAAUAUAUAUAUAGUAUAUAUUCUAGUCUAUAUUAGUAAUAGAUAUAUUAGCUAUUAUAUGUCUAGAUAUUGUAUAUUUAAUAUAAUAUAUCUAGUAUCUUAUAUAUAUCGAUAUAUUAUCUUAGUUCUAUAUUGUCUAUAUCUAUAUAUUAUUAUACUUAUUUAUAUAUUUGUUAUAUAUUAUAUAUACUUAUAUAUUCUUUCUAUAUAUAUCAUUAUAUAUAUCUAUCUCUCUUAUUCAUAUUGUAAAUAUCAUAUAUAUCUAUUGUAUAUAUACUAUUCUUCUCUCUCUCUGCUCUAUAUUGUCUAUAUCUCUCUCUCUAUCUAUUCUCUUCUCUUUUCAUCUCUCAUCUCUUAUGUCCUAUAUCUAUCUAUCUCCUCUACUCUCUAUCUAUAUACUUCUUCCUAUAUUGUCCAUCUAUCUCUUACUCUAUCUCUCUUUGCUCUCUCUUAUCUGUUAUUCUCGUCUUCUUAUUGUCUCUGCUCUCAUCUCUCUCGUCUCUGUCUCUCCUCUCUUCUCUCUCUCUCUUCUCUUCUUUACUGAUCUCUAUCUCUACGUCUCUCGCUCGUCUCUUCUUGUAUUUCUUCUCUUCUCCUCUCUGUCUCCUCCUAUCCGUCUUCUCGCUCUCGUUCUCUCUUCUCGUUUCUCUCUUACACUACUGCUCUCCCGAUGGGCGUAUGACAAUUACAUUAUAUCUGACUUAUCUGUAGAUAUAUGAUAUGUAUUGGACUAGUCUACGUACAGUGCUAUGUUCUCCUACUUCUCGUAUCACAUCCUCAUGUUCAGGUCCUCUUCCGUCUUACUGUAUAAUACCUGCUUGUAGUCCCACUGUCCGGCAUUAUGACACAUAUGACAAGUAGAUUGACUAUGUCUUGAUAAUGUUCAGUUGGGAGAGGUCUCCCACCUUAACAGGCUCAGGUUAACCCCAAAUUCAGUAAUACACCACACUUACAAGUUCCGGCGCUUCUAAAUUAUGUAAUAAAAUUUAAAGUUGUAGUAUUACCAGUAAAGGUUUAGGCAGUAGGUUUUGUUUUUAUGAAGAGGCUUAGCACGUUUGUAUAGUGGUUUCCCAUAAUUUCCCCGGCCGCCGUAGGGGGCCAAAAAUUCCCCCCUCACUCCAUAAUGUUUUGGGCAGGCUUUCCUAAGUUAGGUGCAUAGGGUGAUAAUGUUUAGGCCCGUGGGUGCCAAAAUUUCAGGGUGGGGUGUUGUUUUAAAAGGUGGUAGGGGAAAAAUUUAGGCCCUCCAAAUCCCCGGGCACUGCCAUAAAGUUUCCCCGGGGCCGAGGGGCCCCCAAUGUUUCCCAGGCCUGCCGUGGGUGCAUAAUGUUUCCAAGGGGCCCGCCGUAGGGCUGCCAUAAUGUUUCCCAGGCUGCCGUAGGGCUGCCAUAAUGUUUCCCAGGCCUGCCGUAGGGCUGCCAUAAUGUUUCCCAGGCCUGCCGUAGGGCUGCCAUAAUGUUUCCCAGGCCUGCCGUAGGGCUGCCAUAAUGUUUCCCAGGCUGCCUUAGGGCCCUGCAUAAUGUUUCCCAGGCCGCCGUAGGGCUGCCAUAAUGUUUCCCAGGCCUGCCGUAGGGCUGCACAUAAUGUUUCCCCAGGCCUGCCCGUAGGGCUGCCAUAAUGUUUCCCAGGCCCUGCCGUAGGGGCUGCCAAUUAAUGUUUCCCAGGCCUGCCAUAAUGUUUCCCAGGCCUGCCAUAAUGUUUCCCAGGCCUGCCGUAGGGCUGCCAUAAUGUUUCCCAGGCCUGCCAUAAUGUUUCCCAGGCCCUGCCAUAAUGUUUUCCCCUGUGCUGACUGGGUUCUCUUCAACAGCGGCCCAGUUGAAAAAGGUUCCCCCUAAAAAAGCUGGACGGAGAGAUCAAGCCCUACUCACUAACAGAGAGAGAGGGUGAGCCACCGUUGAACUUGGACAGAACACAUGGAGGCUAACUCCUAAUGGGCCAGUUUCCCGGACCCAGAUUAAGGGUAGUCCUGGAUUAAACACAUUUAAUGGAGAUUCUUCAUUGGAAAUGCUUCUUAGCCCAGGACUAGGCUUAAUUUGUGUCUGGGAAACCAGCUCAUGUACAGUACAUCAUAAACUGUAGCUGGAAUAUGUCAGCAUUACAUAAUUUACAUUGUACUAAAAUACACAGUUAAGACAUUGUAUGACAGCCCGAUGAGGAUACAUAAUAUUUUCUCUGGACUAAACAUCAUUAGUUGUAGGGAUAUUUCCCACUUCAUUGCAGCCAUUGUAAACAGAUUGCUGUAGGGCAGUUGGCAUUCAGCUGCAUUUGUGUGCCAUCUAUUCUGCCUGGUUAGGUCAGUUUAGUCUGAAAGACACUGAGCUAUUCACUAGGAUAAGCAUUCAGGAGCAGCUUGGUGAACAUUAGGAUGUUGCAACUGACAGUUAUGGUCAAAUGUAACAUAGGACCUCUUGUGUCCAGUCCAGUCAAGUCUCUGUGCAGUUGCUUGAUUAAUCUCCUUGUGUGAAUGUAGUUUUGAGUUAAUGUCCACUUUAUGAAUACUUAACAAAACCUCUGUUAGUGCAGUGAUGAUGCACUGUUGACUCAGCCUGUAUUAGAUUCUGAGUAAUGCAAUGAUCCCCUAUUUGGCAGUCAUCUCUCUGACUCCCCCUCACCCCCUCUCAUGGUAUUGUCUCCCCCCUCUCCUCUCCCUCAUGGUAUUGUCUCCCCCCUCUCCCCCCUCAUGGUAUUGUCUCCCCCCUCUCCUCUCCCUCAUGGUAUUGUCUCCCCCCUCUCAUGGUAUUGUCUCCCCCUCUCAUGGUAUUGUCUCCCCCCUCUCCCCCCUCAUGGUAUUGUCUCCCCCCUCUCCCCCCUCAUGGUAUUGUCUCCCCCCUCUCCCCCCUCAUGGUAUUGUCUCCCCCCUCCAGCUGUGCGAGAGGAGCAGAGGGCUCUCCCCUACCCGUUGUCGGUAUCCUCCCCGUGCUCCCCAAGCAGGGCCCGCCAGCGCCCCGACCCGACCCUGGCCCCAGCCCUGGGGGCUACAGGGGCCCGACCCCCGACCCCCGACCCCCCACUCAUCGACAGCCUCAACUACAGGGCAAAACGCACCAGGUAUGGUAUUCCUGGAAAAACAGUCAAACCAAAAUGCCCAGGUUUUUGCAGGAGUAAUCUCGGAUGGAGUAAUUCCUGACUUCCAGAAUCAGGAGGGACUAAGUCAUUUUGGGAAGGUUGUCAGCAUUUAUUUAUUUUUUACCCUAGGUACUAAUACUACUUCACUCCAUAUGAACUAUGUAACCUAAUCCAGUAUUGUGAGAGAGUGUGUACUGCAGUAGAUCUGAGGGCCUGUCUGCCAGGUUUUGAAGGCUUGGCCGGGGGGGACAGCAUUCCUUUCAUUAAGAGUAUUGUUUAUACAAACAGCCAGCCUCGGGGCACUGCGGCAGCAUCCCAAAUGGUACACUAUUCCCUUCGUAGUGCACUACUUUAGACCAGGAAAUCACAGGGCUCUGGUCAAAAAGUAGUGCACUAUAUAGGGAAUUAGGGUGCCAUUUAGGAGCGUACACAGCCCCUGUGUAAAGUGCUUUCUCUCUGAUUCCAAGCCUCCUUCGCUCCUGCUCUCUCUCUCUCUCCCACCUAAUUGUCCUGUGUGACCAGCACUGCUCUCUUUGUGGCCUCUCUUUCUAAACACUGUUCUCUUUCAUUCUUUCUCUACUGUUCUCUACUGUCUGUGUACAUUGGAAACCCACCCCCCCCCCCUUUUAUCCAAUUUGACCACUCACAAAUGCAAUCAUCCCAUCCUCCAAUCCUCCUCCUUUCUGACGUCCAUUUCAUCAUCCUGUCUCUGCCUCUGGCUCCUCUCCGUCCUAACAUGAGCACAGUUCCCUUAACCGAUGACAGCUCAGCUUCCAUUGACCACCCUGACGCCUCCCACCACUGUUUCCUUCUUUUAAAGGAAGGGCAGUGGUUUUUAGCCUGUUAGAGAGAAGGCUGGAGAACUGGGAUGCUAAGUGUGCACUGGCACACUUUCCGUCAUGGAUUUAACACUGCCCCAGGCCUGCCCUAGGUGAACCAGGUUCGUGUUGAUUGCAUUCGUUUUGGAACCGGGCUGCCUCCCGGGGGUGAGCCAGGUCAAAACAAAUGUAUUUGUCCCAUGCGCCGAAUACAACAGGUGUAGACUUUAUCGUGAAAUGCUUACUUAUGAGCUCUUUCCCAACAAUGCAGAGUUAAAAAGUACAAAACAUUUAUAUAAAUAGUAACACAAUAAAAAAUAAAAUAAUGAGGCUAUAUACAAGGAGUACCGUUACUGAGUCAAUGUGCAGGGGUACAAGGUAGUUGAGGUAAUAUGUACAGUACCAGUCAAAAGUUUCUUUAUUUUUACUAUUUUCUACAAUUGUAGAAUAAUAGUGAAGACAACAAAACUAUGAAAUAACACGUAUGGAAUCAUGUAGUAACCAAAAAAGUGUUAAACAAAUGAAAUUAUAUUUUAUAUUUUAGAUUCUUCAAAUAGCCAUCCUUUGCCUUGAUGACUUCUUUCAACACUCUUGGCAUUCUCUCAACCAGCUUCACCUGGAAUUCUUUUCCAACAGUCUUGAAGGUGUUCCCACAUAUGCUGAGCACUUGUUGGCUGCUUUUCCUUCACUCUGCGGUCCGACUCAUCCCAAACCAUCUCAAUUGGGUUGAGGUCAGGAGAUUGUGGAGGCCAGGUCAUCUGAUGCAGCACUCCAUCCUUCUUGGUAAAAUAGCCCUUACACAGCCUGGAGGUGUGUUGGGUCAUUGUCCUGUUGAAAAACAAAUGAUAGUCCCACUAAGCCCAAACCAGAUGGGAUGGCGUAUCGCUGCAGAAUGCUGUGGUAGCCAUGCUGGUUAAGUGUGCCUUGAAUUCUAAAUAAAUCACAGACAGUGUCACCAGCAAAGCACCAUAACACCUCCUCCUCCAUGCUUUACGGUGGGAAAUACACAUGCGGAGAUCAUCCGUUCACCCACACCGCGUCUCACAAAGACACGGCGGUUGGAACCAAAAAUCUCAAAUUUGGACUCCAGACCAAAGGACAUAUUUCCACCGGUCUAAUGUCCAUUGCUUGUGUUUCUUAGCCCAAGCAAGUCUCUUCUUCUUAUUGGUGUCCUUUAGUAGUGGUUUCUUUGCAGCAAUUCGACCAUGAAGGCCUGAUUCACGCAGUCUCCUCUGAACAGUUGAUGUUGAGAUGUGUCUGUUAUUUGAACUCUGUGAAGCAUUUAUUUGGGCUGCAAUUUCUGAGGCUGGUAACUAAUGAACUUAUCCUCUGCAGCAGAGGUAACUCUGGGUCUUCCUUUCCUGUGGCGGUCCUCAUGAGAGCCAGUUUCAUCAUAGAGCUUGAUGGUUUUUGCGACUGCACCGAAUAGGGCUAUUUUCUGUAUACCCGCCAUACCUUGUCACAACACAACUGAUUGGCUCAAACACAUUAAGAAGGAAAGAAAUUCAACAAAUGAACUUUUAAGAAGGCACACCUGUUAAUUGAAAUGCAUUCCAGGUGACUAUCUCAUGAAGCUGGUUGAGAGAAUGCCAAGAGUGUGCAAAGCUGUCAUCAAGGCAAAGGGUGGCUAGUUGAAGAAUCUAAAAUAUUAAAUAUAUUUUGAUUUGUUUAACACUUUUUGGGUUACUACAUGAUUCCAUAUGUGUUAUUUCAUAGUUUUGAUGUCUUCACUAUUAUUCUACAAUGUUGAAAAUAGUAAAAAUUAAGAAAAACCCUUGAAUGAGUAGAUGUGUCCAAACUUUUGACUGGUAGUGUACAAGUAGGUAGGGGUAAAAGUGACUAGGCAAUCAGAAUAGAUAAUAAACAGAGUAGAAGCAGCAUGUGAAGAGUGGGAAAGAGUGUCUGUGUGAGUGUAUGUGGCAUCAAUAUGCGUGUGUGUGUGUGUGUUGGAGUGUCAGUGUAGUAUGUGUGUGUGUGUGUGUGUGUGUUGGAGUGUCAGUGUAGUAUGUGUGUGUGUGUGUGUGUGUGUGUGUGUGUGUGUGUGUGUGUUGGAGUGUCAGUGUAGUAUGUGUGUGUGUGUGUGUGUGUGUGUGUGUGUGGGUAGAGUGCAGUGUAGUAUGUGUGAGUGUGUGUUUGAGUGGGUAGAGUGCAGUGAGUGUGCGUCGUUUUGGCAGAUGGCGACGUUAUCUAAAAACAAAACAAAAUGCCGUAGGUGAAGCACGUGUAGUAAUGAAUAGGAUUCUGUGUUUUCACAUUGCAAAAGUGAUCGCUUUAAAUAAACUUUAUCUGCCUUCCCAAUGAAAACUAGUUUGAAAAUGUGAACAUAUAUUUGAUGGAAACGAGCUGCUGUAUGUUUUUGCACCAUCCACCAUGCUGCCUUCUUGACAACAUGACCGAGCCGCAGAUUACUGUUCGUUGGAGAAGGUCACCUCUUUGUCCGUUCAAGUCACGGGCUAUAGACUGGUGCACUUAAUCGAACUCCCUCAAUGGUGGGAACUUACCCCUGCCCGAUGUUUACACAUUUACAUUGACAUUUUUAGUCAUUUUAGCAGACGCUCUUAUCCAGAGCGACUUACAGUUAGUGAGUGCAUACAUUUUUCAUACACCAAUCCAAGGCUUUUGGAUCCGUGAUGGGAAGUGUUUAAGUGCACACUUAGAGAGAAGGGUGGAGAAUCAGGAGGGAACCUAGCUGUCGUCUGUCUGUCAAGGCAAGGGAGCUUAGUAUUAUUUCAAUGAUUCAUUUACUAGGAAACAGAGAAGAAGAAGAAGAAGGAACAUGGCUCCCUAUGUCAGUUAGAACUUUUUCAGCCUUUCCUAGUGUGCUGGUCGUCCCAUUGAGGGAAUUAUGAUGCUGCCUGUAACUUUUACCUGCCGUUUUCUAGAAGAAGGCAUUAAAACGAUCUCCAACAAAACUGGAAAAGUGAGAUUGCUUUCUGUUCCCCUGGUACCCCGUUUAGAGCUUGUUUUACCUUUAACUACAAUUCUCUUUCACAUGUACUCUCAUUAAGUGGCUACUAAAAUAAUAUUUGGAUGACUUUUGGAGGCAUUUUCAUGUUUAUUAACAUGGAGUUCGCAAGUUUGUCAUAACAACAUGACGUCAACAAGAAACAAUGCUUAGAAUUUGAUAUUGAGCUAAGAAGGCUUUUUCAUAAUCCACAACUUCAGUGGUUCUUAAACUUGGGGUUGGGACCCCAUGUGGGUUCCCCUGAAAUUGAAAUGGGGUCCCCUGAGAAAAUCUGUAAUCUUAUCAAACAAAUGGAAAACUUUGGGAACCCCAGCCCUACUUGCACAAUUCUCACAGUCUUCAGGUCUUUCUGUUGGCAUUGCCUUCACUUCAUAUCACAAUCAUGUUUUUUUGUUUUCAGUUAUUGUUUGUAUGAUUUGUCAAGCAUUCAGUUUUGCCAUUGUUUGCUAAUUUUGUUUUAAUUGAGUGUUUUUCUUCUGUGGAAUUCUCUUUGCUGUUUCCUUCACUUUUUCCUCUGCACACACUUGUCUUUUUCCCCUUUCUGUACUUUCCUACGUUCUGUCUCCUUCGCUCCCUAUUCAUUUCCCCUCCCUCUUUCUUCCACUAUCUCUCGUUUUCUCUGUCCUGCUCUUGUUUGUCCUCUAUCUACCAUUCCCUGGAUCUUCCUACCCUAUCUACCUUCCCUGGCCCUUCCUACCCUCUCUACCUUCCCUGGCCCUUCCUACCCUCUCUACCUUCCCUGGCUCUUCCUACCCUCUCUACCUUCCCUGGCUCUUCCUACCCUCUCUACCUUCCCUGGCCCUUCCUACCCUCUCUACCUUCCCUGGCUCUUCCUACCCUCUCUACCUUCCCUGGCCCUUCCUACCCUCUCUACCUUCCCUGGCUCUUCCUACCCUCUCUACCUUCCCUGGCUCUUCCUACCCUCUCUACCUUCCCUGGCUCCUCCUACCCUCUCUACCUUCCCUGGCUCUUCCGACCCUCUCUACCUUCCCUGGCUCUUCCUACCCUCUCUACCGUCCCUGGCUCUUCCUACCCUCUCUACCUUCCCUGGCCCUUCCUACCCUCUCUACCUUCCCUGGCCCUUCCUACCCUCUCUACCUUCCCUGGCCCUUCCUACCCUCUCUACCUUCCCUGGCCCUUCCUACCCUCUCUACCUUCCCUGGCUCUUCCUACCCUCUCUACCUUCCCUGGCCCUUCCUACCCUCUCUACCUUCUCUGGCUCUUCCUACCCUCUCUACCUUCCCUGGCUCUUCCUAUCCUCUCUACAUGCCCUGCUCCAUUGACGUGGUAGCCAACAGGGCCUAGUUGCCAGGGGCAACCUCUACAGUCGCCACAUCAACACCCGGGGCUUUGGGCUAUUGUUGGAGACACAGCAGAACACCUUCAAACUGCCAGGUAAACAGAUCUGAUUGGCUAUGGGACAUGUGUAGUACACCGUAACAACGCACCACUAACUAUGGAUGUCUCCCAAAUGGCACCCUAUUCCCUCUAUAGUGCACUACUUUUGCCCAUAGCCUUAUGGGCCUUUUUGGGCAUAUUUCCUAUUUAGUGCGCUACUUUAGACAAGGCCAUGGUUAAAAGUAGGGUGCCAUUUAGUACGUAGACUACUUUACCCAGUGUGCCCAGGAAUGUACUGUGUUGUCUUGUGACUGACCUCUGACCUGUUAGUGCUGUGUGCCUCCUCAGGUUUGAGACCUAGUAUUAAGAGACAGAGAGACUGACACAGGGGGACAGACAGACCCACUGGGACACACAGACAGGUUUGCCCUCACAUAGACAUACUCAGGAAAUAUCUCACAGACUGUAUAUCAUAAAUGCAUGUAGGGAUUGGAAAGGCAUUGAAUAGUGGGCGGCUACAAAUGAAAGCAAGAAAAAUAAGCUUGAAUUACAGUGGAUCUGUGUUUGACUCUGACCUACAUGUUCUUCUCUCCAGCACACAAACGAGUCCCCUUCCCUCUUUACACUCUCCGUUUCUCAUCCACUCAUCCCCUCAUCUUACCUCUCAUUAUAUGCCUUCUCUCUCUCUCUCUCUCCAUCCCUCCCUGUCCAGGUCCCUGCCUAUCUCUCUCCCACCUCUGCCCCUAUCCAGGAAGGAGUCGCUCCGCGCCCAGACCACUACGAUGACCACCAGAGAACCAGACAAACAGGCUGAGAUGGAGACCAGGGUGCUGGAGAAGGGGCUCCGGAUGGGGGUAGGGGGAGAGCCCUGGCCCCUGGAGGGGGUUGAGAGGGACAGGGGGAGAGGAGGGUGGUCGUGGACGGUGGGAGAGAGCUGCUGUAACACAGCUCAGUGGAUCAGGCAGAAGCAGGAGUAUAGGAGCACCAGACCCUGGUGA